GUGAUAUUCUUGCAGUGAGUCUGUAUGAACACCAAAAUCGGUCUUUGUCAUAGUUUCUCUUUAUUUUAGUAAGUACUGUAGUACAGAAUUUGAAUUUCUAGAGCUAUCUAGGUGUCUUCCACAUUUCAGUCAUUUAUUAAACAAUCGAACUACGCACCGUAACGCCACCAGGAUUCUACGCACACCGCUUAGCCUCGGCCAUGACUUUCUUUGCUUGAUUCAUUUUCGAUUUACCAUCCAAAUCCAUUUUCUUUUUCAGUUUUCAUUUGACAAUUUGUACUUCGUGAUUUUCAUUCUGAUUCUGAUUCUGGUUACUUACUUUUUUUACAGGAGAAGCAAGAUGUUGCGUCAACAUCCAGCUGCAGCGCCAAGCAGCAUGAUGAAAGAACCGGUUGUGGGUCAUCAAAAUCUUUUGCGUAGAAAUAAUUUCGGGGCCGCGUACUGCUACCUAGCGCUUCUAGGUGGAUCAUUUUACCGGGCCACAGCUUAUCCACAGUAAAUUUCCUGUACACGUACAAAUGCUGUCUCUACAUGACAAAAUUUGCCUUCAGUCCUAGUCUAGCAUGACAAGUUGUACACUGCAAGUUAGUAAAAUUUGUCAUGCAUUUUGUACAACAUGUACGGGAAAUUUACAUUGCAUACAGCUGUCGUGAUGAUGACGGGCAGCAGGAGUACAAAUUCGAAACAUAUGGCAACGGCAAGUACUUUUUUUCAAAAAACUUUUUUUUUUGGCUACAUAUGAAUCACCGGCCGUGGCGAGUAAAUAGCUUUUUCCUAGCAAAAAUCGAGUGCAUGGCAACAAUGUCAGCACUGGCAUACUGAGUUCGUUAGCCUAAAGCCAGAGAGAUGGCUGCAUUGGUGGCGCACUGUCUCACGGGUUCGGGUCCGUUAUGUCCGGCGUACAUGUUGGACGGCCAGCCCCUGCACUGCUGCUGCUUCAAUGAAAGAAAAGCGCAGCCAGCCCGAGACCGGAUGUGCUGCGCGUUGAAGUCAGUGGAGGGCCCACGCCUCAACAGGCGAAACAGACGGCGCGCACGGCUUUCGAAAAAUUCCGAGCCGUGCGCGGCACUGCCGAAGACAUUGAUGCCGCGGCCGCAAAUCUCUUUCGGAGCUGGGUCGCGGGAGGUGGUUCUUCGCCUUCGGCGGAUUUUCCUGGAAAGUGACAGAACUCCUUGUGAAGCCGCACACCGAAAUCCUUUUUGGGGCCCCCCGGAAGGCCCCCCAAACCCCCCCUCCUUUUGGGCCUUGGAAGACAGCUACUCCCCCUUGAUAUCCCCACGAAGGAGGGUCCCCCAAACCCCCCCUCAAGGGGGGGGCCCGGCCCCCCUUUUCGUUUCCGCAAGUUUGCUGCUUUUGGCGAGCUGCGUCCUUGAAAAUGAUAACCCGGAUUCGGCCCCGAAGGAAAGUAGCACAAUGCGGCCGGGAAUAGAAUCAAAGACAGCAGAGGCGUGAGCCUCCUCUGUUUUUCUUUCGUAGGGCACUUCGAAAGCUAGGGCGGGCCACGUCUCGUAGCCGUGCUCGUUUGAGAUUGCCGCCCUCGAGAGAACCAGUCAGGGCUGUGGUGACUUAUCUUGAGUCCCCUUUCGAUACCCCAAAGCCGCGGCGGGGGGCUGGCGUGCUACCUGCCUUGGGGCUAAAGCGUUGAAGACCGAACCCAAGGUAGCGUCUGCAGCCGGGACGGCCUCCCUUCAGCCUUCGGGCCAGCAAGCUAUCACCUAACCCGCGCCGAAGCUUUUCUGCUAUUCUACUCUGCGCAUACCCGCUGGCAUGCCUAUAAAGUGCCGUGAAAUCAUAUGUAGCAAAAAAAAAAAGUUUUUUUGGAAAGAGUCUUUACAGUGAUGAUGACGAGCAGCAGGAGUACAAAUUUGAAACAAAAAAGCGUUAUGUCUUCAACGGGCGUUAGCAUACAGAAGGGUGAAUUUGCAGUGAAUUUGUAUUGCGUGGCAUGAUGCAUGAAUUAAGGGGCAUAUGAAGAACACGAGGAGGACGCCAGGCAGUCCGCGUUCCGUGUAGUUGAAAGGCUAGCACUUGCCUGGUGCCAUUUGGAUGGUGACGCUCACUGUCAGAGCCUAAAGUAGAGACGCACGUCUUUGCUGCCUGGUGCGUUGCCAAGAAGCAAAGGCGGCCUGUGGCGGUCUCACAAUAUAACACUGCCUCUGCGGAGUCCAUAGUGGGUCGAGAGGGAGGGGGCCGAAGCCUCAACAGGAGAGGGGCACUGGGUCAACAUCUAAGUGGGUAGCUCUCACGGGUUGUGGCUGGCUCGGCUUGGAUGUCUGGAGACAUGUUGCAAUGGAUGCUAGCAUCGCCUGCGUUGCUCUGUAGCUCGCAUCUUCCCUGCUGUGUUCCUGCCCCAUCUUGUUCGGGUCCUCUAGUUUUCUUCGACGUGAUCCCCAGGUCAGAAAUUCUCCUGGUGAAUUUUGAGGCUUUUUCUUUUUGUUAAACUUUUCUGGAGCUCCAAAACCCGCAGUUUCUCAUGCGCUGCCGGAUAGACGCGCCUGCCGGAGAGAUCACGCGCCUGCCGGAUAGACGCGUCAAAGCUCUCGGCCGGGUCCUUUCGCCCUUGCUUUCGCGCCUUCGUCUUGCCUAAUUGCAUGCGCUCCGCGGCCCUUGUUUUUGACGUCUUUGCCGCCGCUGUUGCAGUGCUCUUAUGCGAGCACAGGAACAAGGCGCAAGGACAUGGUCAAAGAACGACGCCCAGGCCAUGUCCAGUUGCCCACUGCAUAGCCGGCGAGUUCUGCGGUGUGCAGAACGCUCUUCCCAGAAGGGCAAGAGGGACAAUGUCCCGGCGGACUCAUCUGCAAUUUGUCAUGCAAAAUUCACUAGAGAUUCGCCACGUCUCAUGCUAACGCGUGUUAAAGCUCUAGAAAAAGCGACGUAGAGAUGAUGACGGGGAGCAGGAGUACAAAUUCGAAUCAAAAAAGCGACGUAGAGCAGAAAAACCUCAUCUCAGCUGGGAGAUCUGGCGCAACUACUUGGAACCACGACCACGGGCGCGCGGAUGAAAUGGAGGAAACGACUGCGCUUGCGUCAGAUAAUAUUUUGAAAAAUAGAUCGCACGACGAGGUGGGCCCCGCCUCCACUCUGCUCCAGCUGGAUAAAAAACUACAGGAAAAGGAGGGGCCCGAAGACGAGGACCAGGCUCGGGAAAAUGGAGAAUUUCGGAGGGCUCCUUCCGCGGCCCCCAAGCGAACGUAUGGAGCGACCUAUGCCCUCGCCACGUUUGGGCGAGACAUGAGCGCCGAUCAAGAGGAGCAGGCCGCGGGGACAGGAGUAUGAAUUGCAAUUAUGUCUGGGUCUCCUGGAAAGAUGCAAGGUUUGUCAUGCUCUGCUAGCAUGAUUCUCAGGCUUGUCAUGCAGAGUAGACAAGAACGCUGCAGCAUCUCCAAAACUUGUCAUGCUUGGCAGCCAAUUGAGGCGUGCUCCUCUUUGUCCAACCACCAUCACAAGUUUCCAGACCCACACAUUUUUACACUUGAUAAGGAGGGCGACAAGACAACUUCCUUGAUGAAAAUCAGGAAACCUCCGAGGGCCGCGCGGAACUGUACUCAGCACUGAGUUUCAAUUCCCAAGAAGUAAUAUCCUGUGCAAAAGUAUCGCAUUCGUACAAAUGCAAUACAAAUUUCCUCAGCAUGAGAAAUAAAAUCUGUCAUGCAGAUUUACCUUGAGAAAAAAAUUUGCAGGACCGCAAUUACUACGAGUACGAUACUUUUGCACAGGAUAAGUAACCUGCCCUUUCGAUCGGACGUGGAGCACUGACAUGAAGCUGGCGUGCGAGGUUCUCCGGGACGUGUAUCAAUUGCAAAUGUUUCUGGGUCUGGAAGGUUGCAACUUAUAAUGCUGUCUUUGGAUUCCAAAAAAAUGAAAACCUGUAUUGCAUGAGCAGCAACAGGAGUCCAGUUUGUGUUACGAGGAGAAGGCGUUUCGCAUGCGGAAUAGGCAUUAGAAAGCCCUCUAAAAAUCUGUGAUGCUAGUAGAUCAUGCAUUACAGGCGUCAUGGAUCAUACAAAAUAUGGAUAUGCAUGACAAACCUGGCAAACUUCCAGACCCAGACACAUUGGCAUUUGAUAACGUGUACCACUUUGCAACACACACGGUGCCCACGAGUCUGACUGCAGGUGGGACGACUUCUGCUCCCGGCACCACGAGGGCCGACAAAAAGCUCGAGACGGCUUCUGUUAACACGUUUGCACGCUCGGGCGCCCAGAUAGCCAUGGUGCAGGAUCUGUUUUCUUUAGAUGAAACACUACGCAGUGCCGGGAAUUUCGACCUGAAUAUGAAGGCAGCCAGCGUGGAUGAAAGCAUCGGCACCCGGUACGACCAGAUUGCGGGGAGUGCGCUGGGCACCCGGACGGACACGCUGUACAGUAGUCUGGUAACGCACUACUACGGAGCGCAGGGUGAGUCCGUAUCAAAAUGAAAAGUCCCCCCUCCCCAUAUCGAAAGGGGAGUCUGUGAUGCUGUAUUUGCGUACACAAAUCAGCUUUGUCUUGCAGCAGAGCACUCCAGGCAGAUACAAAGCCCGGAAAGGGUGGCUUGAGGUAGGCACUUAGCGUGGCAGACGUCUGCCCCAUUGGCGCAGCAGCAUUACAAACCGCCUACGAAAUGCGGCGGAAGCGCUGGCUUUGCUCUCUUGCAAGACAUGCUCGAUUUGUGACCACAAACUGGCAUCGCAAAUUUUCAAAAGUAGGUGCGUCGCUUCGAUAUGGGGCGGGGGGAUUUUUCCUUACAAUAGUCUGCCAGCAGUCUCCAAUUGGUCGGCGAGAACGGGGGGCCCGACCUGCCAGGCGCCGGAAUCACGCCGGGCGUUAUCAAAUGUAAAAAUGUCUAGGUCUGGAAGAGGAGAAGUUUGUCAUGCACAUUUUCCAUGAUCCAGGAUGUCUGUGAUCUAUGCCAUAGCAUCACAGAUUUUUUGAGCGCCUAUCGAUGCUGAUCCUGCAUGGCAAAUGCCCUCUCCGCGUAGCCAAAUUUGAAUCCUUUUGCUGCUCAUGCAAUACAGAUUUUUUUAGCAUCCAAAUAAUGCAUCACCAUCAUCACAAGUUUGGCUCUUCCAGACCCAGACAUUUUUGCAUUUGAUAGGCGUUUUGUUUGUGCAAAAUGUGAAGAUCUCGAAGCGCCGCGUGCUGCCCGAGGUAUGGGACCUCACUCUCGGAGCAUUGAGACACGCCCACGACCGUAUUGGUAUUUCCCCCCGAUCUUUGAACUCGCCUCCACCACCGCCACCUCCUCCUUCUUUUCUGGACCUGCAAGAGGGACAAAGUAGAGUGAAAGAAGAGCUGGUGCUGGAGCAGAAUACGGCAAGAAAUAAAAUCGGACUACCAGGAUCUACUACUUCAAGGAGUGGUGCCGCUAGCGGCGCAACUACAGAGACACUACCUGCACUGCUGCCCGUCCAGGCGGGUUGGCGGGUGAACGAGGACUCUCAAGAAAAUUACCACCGCUAUCGCAGGACAAACGCCCCGGGUGCCGGUUUUGCAACGCCCCGGGUGCCUACACUAAAAGCCUACCAGGAGGCACUCGCGUUUCCCCCGGAAAUUAUCCGGCCUUUUCUCGCGACCGAUAUCGUAUUGAAAAACGUCCCCGCCGCCCCAUAGUUGUAUAUGCAAACCUGCAUGCUGAAAAUGUUUGUUUCUCAUGCGGGGCCCCAUGAGAGGCAUUGUCUGCCCGUGUUUUGGAAUUUGUCAUUCUCGAAUCAGCACGAUAUACGAGAAGAUCUGUGAAGAUGCCGCUCCUGAGCUAGCUCAAACAGCACUACGCUACGAGUCCAAAUUUGUCAUGCAAAGCAUUGUCAUGUUGCAAAACAUAAACAGCCAAAGCAAAGCUCGUAGAUUUGUCUAGCCGAUCCCCAUCUUGACUAUGGGGUCGUGGGGACGUUUUUACAUAGGAUAACCGACCGGAUUUCUUUACUCGUCCACAAUGCCACUUUACCUGCGCUGCCUAUUGUGAGGAAAAACCCCCCCUCCCCAUAUCAUAAUCGAAAUUUCCGAUGCUGAUUUGUGGCGACAAAUCAGAUUUGUCUUUCAGAAAUAAGUGCUUACCGGUAUUUUCUAAGCCUGUUCGGGAGGUAUGCAGAAGGCUAGCAAUUAGGCAUGGCAAACAGGUUUGCAGUAGUCGAAAGCGCAUGACUGACUGGCUGUAGAAUGCGCCCCAGGGCGCCCAUUACCCUGUAGACAAGACAGAGGUGAUCUGUGACCACAGAUCAGCAUCACAAGUCUCCUUUUCGAUAUGGGGAAAGGGGAUUUUUCCUUUUGAUACUGCCCGGGAAGUAUUCCAACAACCCUGAGCGAGCGGUGCGGCCCAAGGUGUAUCUGCUGCAACAGAAUGCUCACGGCUGGGGCAUGACGUGGCUACCAGGGCCGAAUGUUGCUGUGGAACGCGACGCCCCCCUUCUCGGUAACGGUUACAAUCCGUUACGGUUUACGAACGCCAUUACAACGGUUAGGGUAGACAACUUAUCAUUUGUAAAAACGUCCCCGCCCCAGAGUUGAGUUGUAAUGCAAAUCUGCAUGUGCUAAAAAAAAAAAUGUUUCUGAUGCGGAGACUGAUAAUGAAAGGCAGUUUCUGUUGCUGCCUUGCGAUUAUAUCUGCUUCUCACAUCCGCAUGGUGUUGUAGAUUUGUGAUGCUGCUUCGCUAGCUAAACGCAACAACAUUGCGAACUGAGUAAAUCUCUCAUGCGCAGCAGCCAGCGUUGGUUGAUUUGUGUAGCAGAUUUGCCAUCUUGACUCUACUGGGGUGGGGACGGGUUUUGCUCACCAUACAACUACGUGCAGCCUUACUUUCAGGCGGCGAUGUUCGCCCAGCAAGUGGAGGAGCAGGACAAAAUCGUGGAGAAAUGUGAUGAGGAGGAGCGGGCCUGCAUUGUUGUGAUCAAUCUACAGGAGGAUCUCUUUGUCGGCAAACGCAACCCAGAUUUUAAGAAGAAGACCUCGGCUAUAUCCUGAGGAAAAACGUCCCCACACCAGGGUCAAGACGGGAAAUCUACUAGACAAAUCAACCUACCAGCGCUGCUUGUUCCGCAUGACAAGUUUGCCCUCGUAAUGUGCUAAUCCUGUUCAGCUAUUUCCGCAGCGUGGUCACAGAUCUAGCAUAUCCCAUAUCAUGCUGGUUCCAGCGUCACAAAUUCCAAAAGACGCCGAAGAAAAUGCUUCUCAUGGGGCUUCGCAUGAGAAACUUUUUUUGGCAUGCAGAUUGAUUAGCAUGACAACUGUUGGGUGGGGACGUUAUUUUUCCUCAGGAUAAGCUAAUAGUACAGAACCAGAAGAGCAGGAGUAUCUCGACGUGAAGCCUGUCCCGGGUGCCUACUGGACCGCGAUGCUGCAGCUAGACCGGCUGGACGGCUGGAAAAGCAUGUCGGACCCGCAGAAGUCCUACUACAAGCUUCCGGGAACACUCCACAGUCAGGUACCCAAAGAAAAACUGAUUGUAGUACGUGUAACUUUUAUUAUUUUGGCGGAGCUGCUGCUGCAUUGAUUACAACUACAAGUCUGUCUGGCAUGAUGACAGCAAACACCUGUCUUCAUGCGCAGAUAGUCCGUGAAACUGAAAACGCGCCCGAAUGGAGUUCCCUGUAAUACAUGACUAGCAUCGUCACAGACGCAAUCAUCUUAUGUGCACCAUCACCAGCAUCUUCACAGACGCAUGACCUACAAUCUUUUUUUGUGGGAUAUUUGUUGCUAUGAAAUGCAAAAAUGUCUGGGUCUGCAAGAAUGCGCGAUUUGUCAUGCUGCUUUUCCAUGACCCAUGAGGUCUGGAAUGCAGGACCUAGCAUGACAGAUUCUGCGAGACCUUUCUCAUGCCUGUCCUGCAUGAGAAACUCCCUCCCCACUUGGUCAAAAGUGGACGACUUUUGGUAAUCAUGCAACACAGAUUUUUGCAUGCUGCAGAUUUAGCAUGACAAGUUGCAAUGUUCCAGACCCAGACACUUUUACAUUUCAUAGUUGCUGCGGUCCUACCACGGAGAAGCGGUGAAUGAGAUAUCAAAAUCAAGAAUCCCCCCACCCCAUACUCACACUGGAAAUUUGUGAUGCCGAUUUGUAACCACAAAUCAUGUUGUCAUGCUAGAAGGGAACAGAUGGGGACUGUAGUGCUGGCUAGCUUGGGAAAGCCUUGCAUCUUCUUCAGCAUGACAGGAGGCAGCUGGAAGUGGGAAACAGCAUGGCAAAUUUCUUCCAAACAAGGCCGCGACUGCGUCUCUUGCCCUUCUAGCAAUGCAAUCCAAUUUGUGUACGCAAAUCAAGCAUCACAAAUUUCCUGUCCGAUAUGGGGAGGGGGGAUUUUUCCUCUCAAUAUGAGACCGCAGUCGGCAUACUGCACCCGUAUAGUGCAGAGGAGAUGCGGAAAAUUGUUCAGAAGGCAGAGGCAUUUGUGAAGAACAAGAAUCUGCUACAAAAGAACCGUAUGCAAUGCAAAUAAAGUAUCGUACUGCACUACAAAUUUUCGCCGUAUCAUGUUGGCAUCGGAUGGAAUUUGUAAUGUUGUUUUGGCUUUUUAGCUAGGAACGCGAUUCGUUAUGCCUAUCUGCAAUGAGUAGGGGUACUACGAGUGAGAUAGCGAUAUAGUAGUACUUUCGCAAUGCAUAAGCCGCACCGAGGCAGAUCGAAUUCUUCAGGAAGCCAAGGAUAAAAAGAGCGAAGCUCGGUGGUACACGAUGACAGUGGACGAGGAAAAUGGAUACGAACUGCUACUGGGAAAUUCGGUGUACGUGAAAACCAGCCGAAAAUUCCGUGUCAAUUGCUUUGACAUGGUGAUUGACGGGCAGGGGUUCAAUGACCGGUCGGAGGUGGUGUACAAAAAUUUUGAAGAGUCGACCAUCGGUAUACUGCACUGAAAAAUUCCCCCUGCUCGUCCCCAAAGAAACGGAAUAAACGAACGAGAUCUUUUGUGUAGCUUCAUUAAAUUUGUGAUCACAAGUCACCGAAGAUUCAUUUAGGCUACAAGGGAAGUAGUAGUAGAGAUGUGAACACCUGUAGUGCUGACUGAGACUGGCGUGGGGAACAAGCCUUGCGCUUUCAGCAUGACAGAGAGGAAGCAACUGGAAGCGGACGACAAAUUAUUGCCUGCAAACGAGGCAGCUGCAAGUGCAUCUCUUGGGCUUCUAGCAAUACCAGUCGACCUGUGUUGCAAGUACGCAAAUUAUCCAGCGUGGACACAAAUGUUCUUUUCGAGGAUUAUAUGGGGAGCAGGGGCAAUAACUUUUCUUCCCAAUACGGAACGAAGUCUUUCGCGUAUGGGGGUAUCGAGUGCCGGGUCGACUUGUUUCAAGACAGUGAGUCGAGCUCCGCGUCCUGUUGCGGGGGGGACGGCAGCAGUGAUUUUGUCGUGCCACAAGAAGACGUCGACAAGCAGCCACAGCAGUCAAACGAUCUUGGGCCGCCCCUUGACGGGGACGAGAACAAACCGCAAAGGAAAGUGUAUGUGCCCGUGUUUCGCACGGGCUCGGCGCAUCUGAGCGGCACGGAGUUCGACGACUUGAAAGAAUUCUAUGAUUGCGUCAGGUUUGAAAUCAACAAAGUUGAAAUGAUUUGUCAUGCAUAAAAUGGAUGCCAGUUCUUGGGACCCAGUUUCUAAGUGGCGCAUGACAAAUUUUCCGAGUACCGGAAUCCAAUUUGUCAUGCUGUUUGGGCACAGACGGCUGCUUUUGUUAUGCUCCUUUAGCAGCUCUACUUCAAACCCUAAACAGGCUGACACGCGGCCUCACUUGCCAUCCCGGCAAGACAGGCACUUCAUGCCUUGCAUUUUAUGCAUGACAAAUCAUUUCAACUUUGACGAUUUCAAACCUGACGCUUCCAUAAAUUCUUGCAGUUGGCCGUGGAGGGACAAACCCUGGAUGGGCAGAGAACCGAAAAUAUCAUAUGUAAAAACGUCCCCACCCCAUAGUCAAGUUGGGGUCCUAGCAAGACAAAUCCACAAGCUUUGGAAGCCACGCAUGAGAAGUUGCAGUCCGUAGUGUAGGUGUAGUGCAUGUUAGCAAGGACAACCGCAUCACAAAUCCAUCUGUUUAUCCUGUUUACAGCAUUACAAAUUCCAAAACGCGAUUGGAAAUGCCUCUCAUGGAGAUGCGCAUUACAAAUCUUCCUGUAGUCGCAAAUCUGCACGACAACUAUGGGGUGGGGAUGUUUUUACUCAGGAUAGAAAACCGCACCAAAACUUUGUAUGAGGAAGAGAAGGACUCGCUGCUGCUUCCCUACAUCCAGAUAGACACUACGAUGACGGCGCCGCCGCUCUGGACAAAUUUUGUUGCGCGCUUACGUGUAUGCAAUGCAAAAACAUCGUAUUAGUACAAAUUGCAUCACAAAUUCCGGCAAGAACAGAACUGGAAUUUGUAAUGCUGUUUCAGGCUUAGAAAGAGAUGUGCAUGAAUGUAAUUUAAUAUACGAGUACGAUACUUUUGCACAGGAUAACGUGAGAAGCGGAGGACUUACGCGGGCGGUGCAUAUCGCAAGAAAAAACUGUUUCACUGUGAACUUGUGAUGCACAGAAGGCAACAUCACAGAACUAUUUGUCUUGCUCCACCUGCAAGACCUCGACUCUUUGACGGUGUUUUCCCUUUGGAAGCGCGCAUGGCAAAUUUUCUGUGUCAUGUGUAAGAUGAAACUUGUGAUGCAGAUCUUGCAAAAUCAUCACAGUGAACAAACAGUUCUUUCGUGGGAUAGUGCACCCUUGGACCCUAGUGUUUUGGAGCAAGGCAAACUGAUGCGCAGCGUUUUGGCAAGGGGGAAAAGGUAUGGAAUUGCAAACAUCGAUCUGGGUUUAGAUGUGUCAAUCGGAAGGUGCGUUUGGAUUCCAAAAAAAACUGUAUUUUUGCAUCCGCAGCAAAGGGAAUGGAAUUUUUGCUACGUCGCGGAGAGGGUAUUUUUUGUCAUGCGGAAUAGGCAACAUCAGGAAGCCCUGAAAAAUAAAAAAUCUGUAAUGCUAGGGCAUGCAUCACAGAGGACGUCAUGGCUCAUGCAAAAGAACGUGCGUGACAAGCCUUAGAAUCUUCCAGACAUCAUCCAGGGAUAUUUGCAAUUGAUAGCUGCGUGAAGCACACUAUGAACUGCAAAAGUAUCGUACUCGUAUAAAUGCAUGACAAAUUGUUCCCCCAGCAUGAGAAUUCAAUUAAGAUUUGUAAUGCGGAUUUACCUUGAGAAAAAAAUUUGUAAUGCAAGACUUGCAUUUAUACGAAUACGAUACUUUUGCACAGGAUACACACAAUGCUGAAGUUUGGGACCGCUUUCCAGCAGUAUCAAAUGUAAAAAUGUCUGGGUCUGGAAGGAUGCAGAGAUUUGAGAUGCAGCUUUGGCAUGAACCCUGAUGUCUGUGAUGCAUACCCUAGCAUCACAGAUUUUUUGAGGGCUUCAUGAUGCCUAUACCGCAUGAGAAAUGCCCUCUCGCCGUCGCAAAAACUGCAACUCUUUUGCUGUUCAUGCAAUACAGAUUUUUGUAGAAUCCAAAUGCAGCAUCACAAGUUGCAUCCUUCCAGACCCAGACAUUUUUGCAAUCCAUAAGCAGAGUACUUGGACCAGUUGGAAGCAGAAGCCAACGGCGAGCUCUAGUAGUACGAAAUUAAUUUAUUAAAGCCCAAAAGGACAAGCUGCAACCGCAUUGCGUUGUACAUCAUCGCGUCACAUUCAGAANUUUAAGCAUGCAGAGUUGCAUGACAACUAUGGUGUGGGUACGUUUUUACUUAGGAUAUGCGCAGCGUUUUGGCAAGGGGGAAAAGGUAUGGAAUUGCAAACACCGAUCUGGGUUUAGAUGUGUCAAUCGGAAGGUGCGUGAGCGUGACGCCGAGAUCUGUAUUGCAUGAAGGGGAUUAUGUACAUAGCCAGUUUGUUGAAAGGCAGCUUCUUUGUCAACAUGCUAAAUGUUACGUCGAAUUAACUCGCGAUAAUAGAUAAGAACUGAAUUGUAUCUUCGAUGAUGCGUUCAUGCCGGGCAAAAGGGUGCUUUAUUGUCAUCCCAGGCUCACCAGCACGACUUUGUUCUAUCCAGACCCAGACACAUUUGCAAUGCAUAAAAGCAACGCUGUCUUCAUUCGGAACGCGGGAAAUCUGGUGCGCAAGCAGGUGGAGCUAUCACACAGAAAAAAGUUUUUAGCAGGGGGUUAUAAUUUGUACUGCAAAAAUAAGUACAACUAACAAAUACACAGAAAAUCGAAAACCUGCAUAAGUAUCCCCUACACAUCAUGUGACCAUGGGCUCGCCCAUGGCAGAUACCUCAGCUGUGCAUUUAUUUUUGCAUGAGGUACAACAAAUGUAGUUAAUGUUGACUGCUAGUAGCUUUUUUCUUUCUGAAAGGCGCUCUUUGCGGGAAUUUUGGAGCGGUACUUGAUGCCGCACGAGCAUGAAGAAAAGUUUACGGACCUGAAGCGCAUUCUCGGCAAUCCGAAGCGGCGCCGUCGCGCUGCGGAUGAUGACACGACCGAAAAAAGUGCCGACAACGAGGCAGAGCGAAUCCCAACGAUUUUGUCAAUCUCGUCCGACUACGCAAAAGCCCCGGAGCACAUGGGCCUCUUCGUCAGCUUCUUAUCCUAUGUAGAAAGGUCCCCAUCCCAUAGUCAACAUGGGGAAUCGGUUUGACAAAUCCACACGUUUUGGCUGUUUUGCAUGACAAGCUUGGACUCGUAGUGUAGUGCUGUUUGACGUAGCUCAGCAGCAUCACAGAUCUACGAUAUCACGCUGAUUGGAAAAUGAAAAAUUUUUCCAGAACACGACUAGAGAAUGCUUCUCAUGGGGCUCCGCAUGAGAAACGUUGCCAGCUUGCAGAGUUGCAUUACAUUUACAGCUGUGGGGUGGGGCCGUUUUUAGAUACGAUACUUCUUGCAGCGAAUCUACGGAGCGGCGUUUAAGCGCGGCGACCGGAUAGCGUACCGUAUUACAAAGAAAAAUGCCCCCACCCCCGAACUUGGGAGCAUUUGUAUUGCAAACCUUUCCGAAUGAAACAUUCGCCCUCUUCUUGCAUCUAUCAGCAUCACAGGUGUCCAGUCGUGAAUAGCAAAAAUUUCUAUUGCAAAAGGCCCCAGCAAGAGCGGCGCUUGGCAUGCAAGCGAUGCGAUACACGCCUACACUCUGCAUCAGAAAGAUCCAUACUCCUUUCAAUCAUGCAUGACAAAAAGUUUUCAUUGGGAAACUUCGCAUCACAAAUUUUUGCAAUUUCAGGGGUGGGGGGCACUUUUCACUGUGAUAUACCGCGGGUAUGAUCCCGACCUGGUCCAUGUGGACGAGAAUGGCACGGAGCUGCAGGGUAUCCUGUGCAAAAGUAUCGUAUUCGUAUUGCAAUCAUGCAUUACAAAUCCUUUUGUCAAGUCAAAUCCGCAUAACAAAUUUUAUUUCUCAUGCUGAGGAAAUUUGUAAUGCAUUUAUACGAGUGCGAUACUUUUGCAAUGCAUACAGGGGAACAAUAAUGUGCCGAACACGUCGUUCCGUAUCCACUGAAAAAAACCCUUGUUCCCCAUCCAUUUUUUGCAUGACAGAAACCGAAUUUUGUGCAUGUUUUGCAUGACAAAUUGGAUGUGGGCGGGGUUUUUUUCCUGUGGAUAUUCCACUAUCGGUACAGCGAAACGGAUAUGAAAUGCAAAAGCAUCGUACUAGUAGUAGUAAUCGCAUUACAAAUUUGCUCAGCAUGACACAUGGAAUUUAUCAUGCUGGUUUACCUUGAAAAAGAGAUUUGUCAUGCAUAAACGCGAUUACUACGACUACGAUACUUUUGCACAGGAUAACGGAGGACAGCGCCAUGUUUCUGUUCGAUCGGGAGCUGCUAUCAAGUGCAAAUAUGCCUGGGUCGGGAAGAAUGCUGCAACUUGUCAUGCUGCAUUUGGAUUCCAAAAAAAACUGUAUUUUUGCAUGAGCAGCAAAUAAGGGGAUGGAAUUUUUGCUACGCGGAGAGGGUAUUUUUUGUCAUGCGGAAUAGGCAACAUCAAGAAGCCCUGAAAAAUAAAAAAUCUGUGAUGCUAGGGCAUGCAUCACAGAGGACAUCAUGGCUCAUGCAAAAGAACGUGCGUGACAAGCCUUAGAAUCUUCCAGACAUCAUCCAGGGAUAUUUGCAAUUGAUAGCUGCGUGAAGCACACUAUGAACUGCAAAAGUAUCGUACUCGUAUAAAUGCAUGACAAAUUGUUCCCCCAGCAUGAGAAUUCAAUUAAGAUUUGUAAUGCGGAUUUACCUUGAGAAAAAAAUUUGUAAUGCAAGACUUGCAUUUAUACGAAUACGAUACUUUUGCACAGGAUACACACAAUGCUGAAGUUUGGGACCGCUUUCCAGCAGUAUCAAAUGUAAAAAUGUCUGGGUCUGGAAGGAUGCAGAGAUUUGCGAUGCAGCUUUGGCAUGAACCCUGAUGUCUGUGAUGCAUACCCUAGCAUCACAGAUUUUUUGAGGGCUUCCUGAUGCCUAUACCGCAUGAGAAAUGCCCUCUCGCCGUCGCAAAAACUGCAACUCUUUUGCUGUUCAUGCAAUACAGAUUUUUGUAGAAUCCAAAUGCAGCAUCACAAGUUGCAUCCUUCCAGACCCAGACAUUUUUGCAAUCCAUAAGCAGAGUACUUGGACCAG